UUAUCUUUAUUCUAUGUGUUUUAUUCUACUUCAUUCCCCUCCACUUCCUGUCCCGCCUUCCUGGGUCUCAUUCCACCUCCACUUCCUGUCCCGCCUUCCUGUCUUUCUACUCCCUUCAACUUCCUGUCCCGCCUCCCUGGGUCUCACUUCCUGUCAUUCAAUCCCCCUCCACUUCCUGUCCCGCCUCCCUGGGUUUCAUUCCCCUCCACUUCCUGUCCCGCCUUUCUGUCAUUCUAUUCCCUUCUACUUCCUGUCCCGCCUCCCCGGGUCUCGUUCCCCUCCACUUCCUGUCCCGCCUUCCUGUCAUUCUAUUCCCUUCCACUUCCUGUCCCGCCUCCCCAGGUCUCAUUCCCCUCCACUUCCUGUCCCGCCUCCCUGGGUCUCACUUCCUGUCAUUCAAUCCCCCUCCACUUCCUGUCCCGCCUCCCUGGGUGUCAUUCCCUUCAACUUCCUGUCCCGCCUCCCUGGGUCUCACUUCCUGUCAUUCAAUCCCCCUCCACUUCCUGUCCCGCCUCCCUGGGUUUCAUUCCCCUCCACUUCCUGUCCCGCCUUUCUGUCAUUCUAUUCCCUUCUACUUCCUGUCCCGCCUCCCCGGGUCUCGUUCCCCUCCACUUCCUGUCCCGCCUUCCUGUCAUUCUAUUCCCUUCCACUUCCUGUCCCGCCUCCCCAGGUCUCAUUCCCCUCCACUUCCUGUCCCGCCUCCCUGGGUCUCACUUCCUGUCAUUCAAUCCCCCUCCACUUCCUGUCCCGCCUCCCUGGGUGUCAUUCCCUUCAACUUCCUGUCCCGCCUCCCUGGGUCUCACUUCCUGUCAUUCAAUCCCCCUCCACUUCCUGUCCCGCCUCCCUGGGUUUCAUUCCCCUCCACUUCCUGUCCCGCCUUUCUGUCAUUCUACUCCCUUCCACUUCCUGUCCCGCCUCCCCGGGUCUCAUUCCCCUCCACUUCCUGUCCCACCCCCCUGGGUCUCACUUCCUGUCAUUCAAUCCCGCUCCACUUCCUGUCCCGCCUUCCUGGGUCUCAUUCCCCUCCACAACCUGUCCCACCUCCCUGGGUCUCACUUCCUGUCAUUCAAUCCCCCUCCACUUCCUGUCCUGCCUCCCUGGGUCUCACUUCCUGUCAUUCAAUCCCCCUCCACUUCCUGUCCCACCUCCCUGGGUUUCAUUCCCCUCCACUUCCUGUUCAUCCUUUCUGUCAUUCUAUUCCCUUCCACUUCCUGUCCCGCCUCCCCGGGUCUCGUUCCCCUCCACUUCCUGACCCGCCUCCCCCGGGUCUCAUUCCCCUCCACUUCCUGUCCCGCCUUCCUGUCAUUCUAUUCCCUUCCACUUCCUGUCCCGCCUCCCCGGGUCUCGUUCCCCUCCACUUCCUGUCCCGCCUUCCUGUCAUUCUAUUCCCUUCCACUUCCUGUCCCGCCUCCCCAGGUCUCAUUCCCCUCCACUUCCUGUCCCACCCCCCUGGGUCUCACUUCCUGUCA